GCGGCCUGUAAUUCAGACACACGACUGCGGACAAAGAUGAGUGUAGGAACUUUAUGAAGGUGUUACUAAGCCGACCAGGGGGCCUGUUUGUCUGCGGGACCAAUGCCUUUAACCCCCUGUGUGCCAACUACACUAGGGACACUCUGGAGAUGGUUGGUGAGACGAUCAGCGGGAUGGCCAGAUGUCCCUACGACCCUAAACACGCCAACGUCGCCCUGUUUGCAGAUGGGAACCUUUUCACCGCGACAGUGACUGACUUCCUGGCCAUAGAUGCGGUGAUCUACCGUAGUCUUGGCAACCCACCGGCUCUCCGGACCGUCAAACACGACUCCAAGUGGUUCAGAGAGCCGUACUUUGUCAGUGCUGUGGAGUGGGGACCGCAUAUCUACUUCUUCUUCAGAGAGCUGGGGAUGGAGUUCAACUACCUGGAGAAGGCGGUGGUAUCGCGGGUGGCCCGGGUGUGUAAGGGGGAUGUCGGCGGGUCGCAGCGGGUUCUGGAGAAGCAGUGGACCUCCUUCCUCACCCGGCUGAACUGCUCCAUCCCGGGGGACUCCCACUUCUACUUCAACCAGCUGCACUCCACCAGCCCCAUCCUGAGGUCCCACGGCCGAGACAUCGUCCUGGGCGUCUUCUCCACGCCCGCCAACAGUAUCCCGGGCUCAGCGGUGUGUGCCUUCGACAUGCAGCAGCUGGCCCGCGUGUUUGAGGGCCGCUUCAAGGAGCAGAAGUCCCCAGAGUCCAUCUGGACCCCGGUGCCCGACGAGCUGGUGCCCAAACCCAGGCCGGGUGGCUGUGCCGUCCAGGGCUCCAGGUUCAACUCCUCCAACGUGUUUCCCGAUGAGGUGCUGAACUUCGUGAAGACGCACCCCCUGAUGGACGAGGCUGUGCCUUCCCUGGGCCAGAGGCCCUGGAUAGUGAAGACCAUGGUCAGGUACCAGCUGAAUAAGAUGGUGGUGGACACAGAGGCCGGGCCCCACAGGAACCAGACGGUCCUCUUCCUGGGCUCCACCAAAGGAACCGUGCUGAAGUUCCUCAUGAUCCCCGCCCGCGACCGCUCCAUCGCCGGGGGCAACAUCUUCCUGGAGGAGCUGGAGGGCUACAACCGGGAGAAGUGCGGUGAGGACUCUCCCCAGGCCCGGCAGCUGCUGUCCCUGACCCUGGACCGACCCAGCCACUCCCUGCUCCUGGCGUUCUCCUCCUGCGUGGUCCGGGUUCCCGUGGCCCGAUGCCAGCUCUUCUCCCGCUGCAUGAAGAACUGCAUCGCGUCCCGGGACCCGUACUGUGGCUGGACUCGCGGCAGCACCUGCUCUUUCCUGCGGCCGGGCACCAGGCUGCCGUUCGAGCAGGAUGUGGAGCGCGGAAACACCGCCCACCUCGGCGACUGCGACGGCCUCCUGCAGGAGAGUCUGACGGAGGAGCCGGAGGGCCUGGUGACGGUGAACCUGCUGGUGGCGUCCGCAGUGUCGUCGUUCUCCAGCGGGGCGGCGCUGUCGGGCCUGCUGGUGUGCUGGAUCAUGGGCCGCAAGCAGCGCCGCCGGUCCCGGGGCGGGCGGGGCGGGGCGGGCGGGGCGGGGCGCCGCAAGGGCGACAAGGAGCAGCAGGGCAUGCUGGGCCCGGGCGGGGCCGGCUCGGUGGCCAGCGUCUCCCGCGGCGACCGGGGCCGCUCCCAGGCCGACGCCCUGUUCGAGAUGCCCAACGGCUGGACCAAGACCUCGGACCUGGACCCCGGGCUGCUGCCCACGCCCGAGCAGACGCCCCUGCAGAAGAAGCGGCCCCCGCCGGGCAUGCGUCUCUCCGAGUCGGGCUGGGACCAGAGCCAGACCUUCCUGGGGCCGCCCCCCGCACUCCUCUCCUCCUCCUCCAUCUACCUGAGCUCCAAGCUGCUGCAGCGGGAGGACCCGGGCACCCCGCCCCAGCACUACAUGGUCCUGGGGCGGCCGGCGGCGCCCCUGCGGAGCUCGGCGGGGGAGUACGCCUACCCGGCCACGCCCCAGGACACGCCCGACCGGCGCCGGGUGGUUUCGGCCCCCAGCACGCAGCGGGACUACGGCGAGGCGCUGCGCUGGGCGCACGACGGCUUCGGAUUCGCCCACGGCCAGCCGGGCCACGCCCCCCACCACGCCCACGCCUCCCCGGCCCCGCCCCCGCACCACCACCACCACCACUACGCCGGCCCCCCCUCGGCGCUGAGCAGGCCGGGGCUGCACGCACCCCCCCCGCGCGGCCUGGGAGACCUGCCCGACCUGGGACACCUCCUCGGCAAGGCCGCCAACGAGCGGACUCCCUCCGGCCAAUGAGGAGGAGGAGGAGGAGGAGGAGGAGGACGAGGAGGAGGAGGAUGACGAAGAGGCUUUCUCCUGGGCCGCAGAGGACGAUAGCCACGCCCACUCUCCGACACCAACCCUCCCACCGACGCCAACCGACGCCCUCCCCCAAUCUCCAGUCUCCAAUGGCUGAUCGCUCUCUCUCUCUCUCCCCAAUGGCCAGGCCUCUCUCUAUCACUGCAAGGGCAAGACUCUCAACAAGAGCCAGACACUCUCUAUCACUCCAAUGGCCAGAACUUUCUCUCUCUCUCUCUCUCUCUCUCUCUCUCUCACUAUCAGAACAUCAGCAGAAGGGAAUAGGGGCGCCAGCGGAGAGAACCGGAGAGAGAACCGGAGAGGGAACCGGAGAGGGAACCGGAGAGGGCGUUCCUCACAGCCGGGACGACGCAGACGCUCCCGUUCCCCUCUCUCUCCCGGAUUUAAAGAGCGGCUCCAGAGCUGGGCCGAUAGCAGCGGGAGUCCUGCGGCGUUGGGAGCCGGGCCGUCCCGUUUCUGCACAGACACAGACGAUCGUCACGGUGAUAACACUCAUGUACAGCCACGGCGGGCGCCAGAGCGGACAUUUACUGUGAACCGCCGCCGCGUUUCCUCAAAGGGUUCCUUCUCUUCUCUUCUUUCCUUUUUUAUUUUAGAAAGAACAAACCUCCGUGUUCGAUCUCUGUGUACUUAUUCGCUUGGAGAUCGUUGCGUGAACGAGAGAGAGAGAGAGAGCGAGAGAGACGGAGGGAGAGAGGGAAAGAGAGAGAGAGAGAAAGAGAGAGGGAGAGGGAGAGGGAGGACCUUUACAGCCCAGGACGGAUACGAGGGCUGAAUGGAGCUCGGUUGUUGUGUCCACAGCGCCCUCUGCUGGGCGGCAGAGAGAGAGACCGUCGAGCGCAGAUGGGGGCGUGGGGGUCUGGGGAUUUGGGGAUUUGGGGCCCGGGACCAGCAGGGUGUACUCUGAGCCACGGCAGGGCGCCGAGAUCAGCGGGUCUGAGAGAGAUCCGCACCGAUCUUCCAGAACGUUCCGCAUCGCUGGUUUCUCUCCCCCCCUGUGAACCCCGAGCUUUCCAGACCCGGAACAUUCUGUACCGUGCGUUCCGCACGCUUCUGUCCCACCGAGGCGGGGGGAGAGGGGGGUUGUGGGUAAACGGACGCGUGCUCGAGCCGCGGACGGCUACGUGGGUCUCCCCCGCGCCGUGUUUACCAUGGGGGUGCCGUGAAUGGGUACCCCCGUGGGUAAGGUGAGGACAUGGUGAGCCGGGCAUAGACCCUCUGACCCUCUGCAUGGAGAAGAGCUCCCCACCUGCCACUUUCAACAGACAGCGGCCACGAUGGAGGAGUCCCACACUCACACACUCACACUCACACACACACACACACACACACUCACACUCACUCACACACACACACUCACACUCACUCACACACUCACACUCACACACACACACUCACACACUCACAAACACUCACACACACUCACACACACUCACACACACACACACUCACACACACUCACACACACACACUCACACACACUCACACACACACACACACACUCACACACACUCACACACACACACACUCACACUCACACACACUCACACACACUCACACACACACACACACACUCACACUCACACACACUCACACACACUCACACACACUCACACACACACAC